AGAUCAGUUUUAGAAAAUGCCGAGGAAAUUUGCUGAUGGUGAAGUGGUGCGAGGCCGGUGGCCUGGGAGUUCACUGUAUUAUGAAGUAGAAAUUAUGAGCCAUGACAGCAGCUCUCAGCUGUACACCGUGAAGUACAAAGAUGGGACAGAACUGGAGUUGAAAGAGAAUGACAUCAAGCCUUUAACUUCCUUCAGGCAAAGGAAAAGUGGCUCUUCCUCCAGCUCGCCUGCUCGCCGCCGAGGGAGUCGGUCCCGGUCACGCUCCCGGUCCCCAGGCCGGCCACCCAGGAGUUCCCGCCGCUCUGUCUCUGCUUCCCACCAGGCCGACCUGAAGGAAACCAGGAAGGACAUCCUUGAAGUGAAGCUGACUCCCCUGAAGUCCUUUGGAAACAGCAUCAGCAGGUCCAAUGGGGAGCCCGAGCGUGUGGAGCGCGUAGAGCGGAAUGACAUACCUCACAAAAGCUUGCAGGAAAAGUUCCAUUUAUCACAAGAAAGCAGUUACGUAUCUACACAGUAUAGCCUUCGCCCAAGAAGAGAAGAGAUCAAAUUUAAAGAAAUAGAGUCUAAAGAAGAAGAGGUUGUUAAGAAAGGACCGGCAUCUUCGAGAACCUUUGAUGUGACAGCCACGCAGACGAGGGAUCUAGAGUUUGGAGGCGUCCCAGGUGCUUGCCUCCUCAUGCUGGGCCUGCCAGCCUUCCUCAUCCUACUGCUGUUGAUGUGUGAGCAGAAAGACCCCAGCCUGCUCAAUUUCCCUUCUCUGCCAGCUUGGCACAACUUAUGGGAGACCAGAGUGUUUGGGGCCUACCUUCUCUGGUUUUUCUUUCAAGCUCUACUCUACCUGCUGCCAAUAGGAAAGGUUGUAGAAGGCACACCUCUCAUUGAUGGAAGAAGACUUAAGUACAGAAUUAAUGGAUUCUAUGCUUUCAUCCUAACGUCUGUGGUCGUGGGAGCCGCUUUCUUCUGGGGCGUGAAGCUUGGUGACGUGUACGACCAUUUCCUUCAGUUGGCGCUGGGGGCGAUUGUCUUUGCAGGGGUCCUGAGUGUGUAUCUCUAUGCCCGCUCUCUGAAGGCGCCCAGGAACGAACUGUCACCUGCCAGCUCUGGCAAGGCCGUCUAUGACUUCUUCAUUGGCCGUGAAUUAAAUCCUCGAAUUGGAGCCUUUGAUCUCAAGUACUUCUGUGAGUUGCGCCCUGGACUGAUUGGAUGGGUGCUGAUUAAUGUGGUGAUGCUUUUGGCUGAGAUGAAGUUACAGAAACGUGCUGCUCCCUCCUUAGCAAUGAUUUUGGUUAACAGUUUCCAGUUCCUGUAUGUGGUGGAUGCUCUUUGGUUUGAGGAAGCGGUAUUGACAACCAUGGACAUUAUCCAUGAUGGAUUCGGCUUCAUGCUGGCUUUUGGAGACUUGGUGUGGGUUCCGUUUAUCUACAGCUUCCAAGCCUUUUACUUAGUCAGUCAUCCAAAUGAAGUGUCGUGGCCAGUGGCUUCUGUCAUCGUGGCUCUGAAACUUUGUGGAUAUGUAAUUUUCCGAUGUGCAAAUUCUCAGAAAAACGCAUUCCGAAAAAAUCCCAAGGAUCCAAGGCUUGCACAUUUAAAAACUAUUCACACGUCAACGGGAAAAGAUCUUCUAGUCUCUGGUUGGUGGGGCUUCGUUCGCCACCCCAAUUACUUGGGCGACCUCAUCAUGGCCCUGGCCUGGUCUCUCCCAUGUGGUUUUAAUCACAUUUUGCCAUAUUUCUACGUGAUUUACUUCACCAUGUUACUCAUCCACCGAGAGGCUCGAGAUGAGCACCACUGUAAGAAGAAGUACGGCGUGGCCUGGGAAAAGUACUGUCAGCGGGUGCCCUACCGUAUCCUCCCCUACGUUUACUGAUGUGUGCCCAGCGUCUUCUAGAACUGCCUCUGAGGCCCCAGCUACCAUUUGCAAAAACAAACAGAAGAAACCAAUCUCAGAUGAACUUUGUUUCAUUGCACUGACAGAAUCUGCACGCUUUCUUUGAAUCUGGGGUGGGGGACAGAGAGCCAGGUAAUAAUUAAGUAUUUACUUUAGUGAUGAUAACUUUUAUGAUAACAAUGACCAUUGAGGAAAGUUUUAUCUUAGUAGGGAAUUUUCAGUGCCCCAAAUUCUGAAACCAGAAGAUAGUUUAGUUGUCUUACAAAUGAACUGAAUUAGAUUUGGUUUUUCUUAAAGGAAGAAACACUGUUAGAUAUUAUAAAAAUGAAUUUACAUUUUUAUUUCAGUAAGAGAGUAGAAUUGUAUUUUCUUUCCUCUUUAAUUAGAUAAUUUAAAAGUGAAAACUGGCCCUUUGUUAAAUACUAGCUGUGAAGAGGGACGAGAGGUUUAAUGGAGACCAUUUGUAGCAGUUGAUUUAACCUCAGCUUCUAAAAUUGCUUUUAAAAAUGUAAAUACACAGUUUACUUUUAUGUAAUAUAUAGUAACUUCUGAUUUUUCUGUACAGUAUUUUUAAAUGUGAGAUAAUUGUUUCUUGUAACAAAAACAUUUGCAGUAUUUUAAGUUUUGUAAAGUAACAGUUUUGAGUUAAAAUUUUUGGAACAAUUAGAAUUCAUUUAAUAGUAUUGUAUAGAAGAUGCUAUUAAAACAUAGAUUUUUCUUAAUCCAAAGUUGGUGAAUUUGGCUUUGCUACCUCAAUUGCAGGUGUUUGUUUGCCUUUAUAAACUAUUGCAAAUAAAAAAAAUAAAUAUAUAUUUUUGGAGCAGCAUCACUAUUUAAACAUUUUUUACACAUAAUGGGGUUUGAAAAUCUGCCAUUUCAGGCUAAUAUUUUUGUAUGCCUUUGACUUUUUAAAUGAAACAUGUUUUUGCUACUGUUUAGUUCAUGCAGUUCAUACUGUAUUUUGUAUAUCCUUUAUAUUUACAAACCUCUUUUUGUAAAGGAGUGUUGUAUUCAGCUUUAAUAAUCUGUUCAUCUAAAAAUGACCAAGGGAAUAAAAUACUUUCUUUUAGUUCGACAGCUGUGCAUUUAAGGUAGUUUUAGCUAGUAAGGUCUAGUUAUUGUUAAUUGUAAAUUUUGUAUUAAAUGUGAUAUUGUUUUCAGUUUUUUAAACAUUGGGGAUAAAAUAGUGUAUGUUUGGGUUUGAAUGAGCCACUUAGAGACACAGCAGUGUUUAUCCUGCUGUGAUCGGAAGACUGUACCGCAGCUCGUGCUACUGUGAUCAUGAAGUUGGUUUGCGCAGUCGAUCUGUAGCCUCAGCUUUUCAGCAGCCUGUCUGGGUGACGUUGCCAGUGUUUUGUCUGCACGGGUGUCCUGGCGUCACAAAGCACUCCAUUCACCAAGGAAGCCCCGGGAAAGGAAUGAUGUUCCUUUUCCUCUCAGCCACCUACAAUUUGUGGAUGGUGUUGGCUACCAUUUUGUUUUUAAUUGUGUUUGGACAUGUUUAUUUGAAACGUAGUUUUAUAAUGAAGCUUGGAGUUUGAAAUAAAGCAACAAUAAAAAGA